UUCUGGCAACUGCAUUGCAGCGUAUUGUAGCGUGCCACAACAAUCGGAAACCCAUUGGGGAGCCGAAGUAUUUGCACUUUGACUCGGUCUUUCCAGCCACGACACUAUCAAUCUGCUUCCUCGGACUUCGUUUUUCCAGUUAUCUUCACUCUGCAUAGGUUCGCUAAAAGCAAUGGCUUCUUCAUCCUCGACCAGCCUUCUGCCGCCCCGCAUCGACGUGCACUCCCACUUCAUUCCCCAGUUUUACGACGAGGCACUCCGCAGUACAGGCCAUCAAAAACCAGACGGCAUGCCUGGCAUCCCAUCCUGGUCUAUUGAGGAACAUUUGCAAAUGAUGGCAGCGAAUAAUGUAACCAAAUCAAUCCUCAGCAUCUCCUCUCCAGGGACCUGGCUGAGCUCUCAAUACGCAUACAGUAUUGGGCUAACAGCCAGUCUAAACCGGCACGCUGCACACUUGAAAGAGACAUAUCCUGACAAGUUCGGCUACUGGGCCUCGCUGCCGCUUCCGAAUAUCGAGUCCUCGAUUCGCGAGAUCCGGCAAUGUCAAGAUUCUGCAGACGGGUUUUGUCUGUUAACCAACUACCACGGCUUGUAUCUCGGACACCCGCGGUUCGACCGCGUAUUCAGGGAACUUGACGACUUGCGAGCUACCGUCUUCAUCCACCCGACUACACCGUGUACAGUGCAAGGAGUUCCUCCUACGCCCGCCACACCCUUGGCGCAGCACCAUCCGAGUCCAAAGUUUGAGUUCUUGUUCGAUACCGCCAGAGCGGUCAUCGAUCUCUUCUCGAGUGGGACGGUGCAGAGGUAUCCCCAUAUCACCUAUAUCUUGCCGCAUGCAGGGGGAUGCCUGCCGCCGACUUGGACACGAAUGGUCCAAUGGGGCCAUGUGGUGCCGGGCGAGCCUCGUAUCGAUCCACAGUGGGCGAGGGAGCGCCUGGAUGAGCAGUUUUAUUUCGAUCUAGCUGGAUGGGUGUUCGAUGGACCCGAGGGGGGCUCUGGACAGUUGAAAGCUCUGGUGCACGGCUAUGGAAUUAGCCAUGAGAGGUUGUUAUAUGGCAGCGAUUACCCUUUCACGCGACCGCCAUCCGUGAGAGCCUUUGCCGAGAGGAUGCAGAAUGGGUUGGAGUGUUUGUUCACGGAGUCAGAAAGGAAAGCGAUUUACGAGAAGAACGCGGAGCGUCUGCUGGGGAAGAAGAGGACACAGCUUCGGAAUUGCUAACGCGAAAAUGCGAGAGCGACGCAAAGAGAACGGUUAGGCUCCAAGCGAAGGUCAUUGCCUGCAACUUAGGCGUUCUCCGCCUUCCCAACCCUCUCCAUUCCAUCUUUCCACCUGUUCUCUUUCUCGUUCAUGAUCUUGCCCAGACAAGGGGAUGAAGCCGGC